AUGCAUUCCAUUUCCUCAAAAUCAUUCCCACCCCACCCUGUUUUUUCCAUUCUAUUCCCUCUUCACCCUUCAUUGACAACACCACAACCCACUAUCGUUGCCACCACCCACCACCACUGUCAUUCGCCGUCGUCACCCACCUUUGCCGCCACCCACCAUUGCCGUCACCCGCCACCGCAUUGCCGCCACCCACCUCCAUCCCCGUUACCGCCAUCCACCAUCGCUGUUGCCACCUCCGAUCACAGCUACCACCCACCUUCGAUCAUCGCCGCUACCACCUCCGAUCACCGCCGCUGUCGCCACCCACCUCCGCCAUCUCUAUCAACCACCACCACCCACCGCCACCACCGCUGCUACCUGCCACCACCGUCGCUACCGCUACCACCUCUGACCACCGCCGUCACCCACCUUUGCCAUCACCCACCACCACCACCGUUGUCACCACCCGUUGCCGUCUCCACUCGCCGCAGUCUCCUCCCACCACCGCCGUCGCCGCUACAACUGCCACCUAUCAUCACCCACCAUUUCCGCCCAUCAUUGACCACCGCCAUCCAAUUUUAUUCCUUCGUGUUUUCUCUCAUACCAAACAACAAAAAGUAA